AUGCGUAAAAUGUCACAGUUAACUUUCUUCUUGUUCGCUGCAUUGGUUAGUCUGGGUGCCUGCCAGCAAUGUUCUCAAGGAUGGACCUACUUCCAAGGAAGAUGCUAUGGGUAUGGAAACACGGCCACCUCGUGGGCCAGUGCUCAGGUCAUGUGCCAGUCUCAGGGUGCUACAUUGGCCGAGGUCUCAACCACAGAAGAAAACAAUUUUGUGUCGGCAAUUGCCAGGACUAGAAAGGGCACAUGUGUAUGGCUUGGCGCAACGGAUAUUUUCAGAGAGGGAGAUUGGAAGUGGACAAACAGGAGAGAUUUCAGCAACUUCACCAACUGGAGCGGGGGUGAACCAAACAACCUUAAUAAUGUUGAGAAUUGCCUGAACAUGUUCCAACGUCUCAACUACCGUUGGAACGAUGAAAAUUGCAACAGCAACUGCAACUUUAUCUGUGUCGGGCCUGCCAACAACCAUUUAUCAGCUGCAGAGGUUCCAAUUUCUAAAUAA